AUGCCCACCGCAAACAAGGGUGUUCUGGUUAAAUGCGACCCGGCUACGAAGCAGUACCUGCUCCAUCUAAACGAAACAGCAGUGCAGCAACGGUUCGUGAUCGAAGACCUCGACGACACGCAUUUAUUUAUUGUGCCGGAUCCCAAGGUUAUCGCCUUGAUCGAGAAGAAGAUGGACGAGUGGAACGAAAAGAACACGUACCAGCCACCCACGCAGUAG